AUGUAUCCUGAUAGUUAUCGAUAUGUAAAUAUUUUUCAAACAUAUAAAAACGUGGGAAAGGAUAAAAUAGAAGCAAUUUACAGAUUUAUGAUUCAUGGUAACGCGGCAGUUUGCGGGUUUGAAGCUACAAUAGAUGAUAAAAGAAAAGUGAUCGGAAUAGUUAAAGAAGCUGAACAGGCCAAGAGUGAAUAUGAAAAAGCUAUUAAGGAAGGUCAUGGGGCCUAUUUACUUGAAGAACAAGAUUCAGAUGUAUUUAAAUGUUCUGUCGGUAACAUUGAGCAAGGCCAAAAGGUUGAAAUCAAAAUUAAAUACGUUACUGAACUUCAGCACGAUGCAGAAACAGAUAGUAUUCGGUUUAUUUUGCCAGUUGAUAUUACUCCAAGAUAUGGAUCCCAUAUUGUUGGUCACGGAAAGAUGCGUUUUUCUGAUGAAAUUUCAGAUUUAGACCAUUUCCCUCUCAAGUUAUUCUUAACUUGUAGGAUGAAUUCACCAAUUUGUAGUAUCAAAUCUCCUUCUCAUGAUAUUUCUCAUGACAUUAAAGAUGAUAAACAAAGAACAUCUAAAGUUUCUUUGAAUGAAAAGAUUUAUUUCUUAGAAAAAGAUUUUAUACUUCUUAUUAAAAGUCAAGACAUUGAUAAGCCUAGAGCAUUUAUCGAAUAUAAUCCCAUAGAUGAGACCAAUUGUUUGAUGCUUACUUUGGUUCCAUCAUUUAAGCAAGUUUCAAAUAAACUAGAAUCAAUUAAGAUGGAAUUAAUAUUUAUCAUUGAUAG